AUAAGUCAUCAGUCAUCUUCCGCUGCAACAGGUGAGCGACUUUCCCAUUUCUCCAGACGUCCUCGCACUUCUCCAAAGUUCUGGACGAGCUUUAAUCAUGGCCACGAACCUCCAAGAAAACAUAUAUGAACAAAUCGACGAGAGGAGCGAAAACAUAUACGAGAAGCCGUAUGUUGACAUUAAGAGUACUACUAACACAGAGACGAAAUAUGAGAAUCAAGGCGCGCGUAAAGAACCGAUCUACAGCACGGUCAACCAACCCUCUCCUUCAGUCUACAUGAACACGAGAAACUCAAUUGAAGAAGAAGAAGAAGAAGACGAAGAAGCCCAGCUUUCACCCUCCAGUGAACGAGGAGAGCAGGUCGAAAGCGAGCUGCAGAAUGGAGACGCAUACGGGUCCGGAAGGUCUUCAUCUUUAGAGGGAAUUGAAGACCCUUGUGAUGACCAGCCCUCAAGGGUCCACGAAGACCUGCUCAUGGCUUACAGUCUCCCAGAAGACGAAUCUCCAGAACCGGAGGAGGUGGUUGACUACAGCCUGAAGACUGUGGAGAACAUUGGCGAGCAGGAGGAGACCACUGAGGUUCCCGACCCGAACCAGCCUGCCAUUGCGCUUUUCGUCAAGGCUGGUUGUGAUGGCGAGAGCAUCGGAAACUGUCCGUUCUCCCAACGCCUCUUCAUGAUCCUCUGGCUCAAAGGUGUAGUCUUCAACGUCACCACUGUCGACCUCAAGAGGAAACCAGCUGAUUUGCACAAUUUGGCUCCAGGCACUCACCCUCCUUUCCUGACCUAUAACGGUGAGCUGAAGACAGACAUUAACAAGAUCGAGGAGUUCCUGGAGGAGGUUUUGGCGCCACCGAAGUACCCCAAACUUGCAGCCAGGCACAGGGAGUCAAACACAGCUGGGAAUAACAUAUUUGCAAAGUUCUCAGCUUUCAUAAAAAACACAAAGCCAGAUGCGAAUGAAGCUCUGGAGAAGGGUUUGACAAAGGCACUCAAGAAGCUGGACGACUACAUGAACAGCCCCUUGCCUGAUGAGGUAGAUGCCGACAGCAUGGAGGAGGAGAAGGCCUCCAACCGCAAGUUCCUGGAUGGGAACGAUCUGACUCUGGCAGACUGCAACCUGCUGCCAAAGCUCCACAUAGUGAAGGUGGUUGCCAAGAAAUAUCGUAACUAUGACAUUCCCAGUGAUUUGACAGGAGUGUGGCGUUAUCUGAACAGUGCGUAUGCACAAGAAGAGUUCAUCAACACACAAGCUGCCGACAGCGAGAUCGAGUUGGCAUAUCAGGACGUGGCUAAGAGGCUAACCAAGUAAACUGAUGAAUAAAUUCGACAAAACCAGACCUGGGGAUAUUUUCUUGAGGAAGAGUUGAUGUUUUCCAUGUAAUUCGAAACCAUUGAUCCCCAACUACACGUUAGUCGUUUUUCAUCCAGGGCCCUGGUAAUCAAUCAUCCAUUGUGCUCUGAUAUACAGUAAUCAUGAAACACCUCAUUUGCCUGAGUUCAGUGACUCAAAUGUGAAUCCUAAAUAUCCUCCAAAAACUUACAAGCUCUCACUGAUCUGUUGCUCAUAUAAACAUCAUCCUAAGCAACUUUGCUGUUGUCUCUAUUUAAAGAGACUGGAUAUUACUGUUUUUCUGUUGUUCUCUCUCUCAGCAUAGACAACAGUUCUUCCUAUUUUUUUUUUAAUUCUAUGUAUCAAAUCAUGCACUGAUUCUUGAGAUAUAGGACAAAACAAAGAAUAAAUCAAAAGAUGAUCCCUGGAAUAUUUAAUAGAACACAUCAUCAUGCCCUUAGCCCCAAACAUAAUCAUUCAUUAGAUAUAAACAUGAAGAAAAAUCAGAAAAACAAAUAUGUAAUCUAAAAUAGUUUUAAUAGACACACGGGCGUUCAAAAUUUUGAGGUUGAUAAGAUUUUCAAAAAUGUUUUUAUGUUCACCUAGGCUGCAUUU